UCUUUAUUUUCUUCUCCAGCCGUUAAGACUUUGGAUACCCAAUGGCUUGGCAUUUCCGUAAUUUCAUGGAAUUCCAAGCCCAAUACUGUUACCUUUGUUCUUAAAACCCUACGUGUGUGGAUGGAUACGCCGCCAAAGUCCCCAAGCAAAGCAUCAAACAUUGCAUUUUACCUUACAAUUCACGACAGCAGCGACAGAGUGGAAGGGUGAGCGAUGGGUCUGCUCUCGUGGUGGAAAGGAAGUGAGCCCAAAGCCGGAUCCAAGACCAGCCCGGAUCCGAAACCGGCCGAGUCUGCUCCGGGCAUGAACGGCGCCGUUGAGGUGCCUCGACCCCCCGCCGCCGCCAACAUCACUGUGUUCGAGUUCGGGUCAGUGGCGGCUUCAGGCGAUAAGGUCACUCUCGCCGGGUACUGCCCUGUCUCCGAGGACCUGGAGCCGUGCCGCUGGGAGAUCCUCCCCGCCAGUGGGUCGGAAGCGCCCCAGUUUCGAGUGGUCUUCUAAGCACUCACCCUGUGUCUGGGGGUGUCAAUUUACGGAUGGUCAAUGUAGUUUCUAAGCAAUCCAAGUUUUAUACAUUUUGCUUUGUGAUUUUCAAGUUUUGAUUUUUAAUUUGAAUGUUGUUCGUAACGGCUGAAUAGUGUCUGGUUUAUUCGUGUGUUGUAGAAAUUCACUUUUGCAGUUUCUUCUUAAUCUUGGGUUGCAUGGAAGGUCUGUCAAUGGUUGUGCAUUUGAAUCCUCUCCCUCUUCAAAGUCGCUUGUAUAGAAGAAAAUAAGGCUUUGUUUGGUAACGUUGUCCUGAUAAUAUGCGUUUGGUAUGUUGUUUUUAACGAACAAAUAAUUAAAAACACAAAAUACAAUAUUUAGCCCAGCUUCGGCAAA